AUGAGCGAGUCGGCAAAGCUGAACACGGCCGAUGGCUGUGGUGCGAGCGGUUCCGCGGGCCUGGAGAUUGGUGCCGAAGAGAGGGGCGACAAGCGAUCCGAGCUGGCGCUCCAGGCGGUCGAGGAGAUCGAGAAGGAGCUGGGUGACAUUGGUCGCGGAGCCGAUUUCCCCUUAGUCAGAUGUCGGGGCCGCUCUGGGUCAUCCCGGAGCGGUUCCAGCCUCGUGCCGCCGCCACCCUCGCGCCCUCCGCCGUUGCCACCCGUCUUCACCGAGCACCAGCAGUGUGCCCAGGACGCCCUCCCAACACUGCCAGCACCUUCUACAGCCCCGCCGCCGGUACAAGAACGGGGGAGGGAAGUGUCGCGCCGCCUCGCCCAGCCGCCGACCCCGGGCCAUCGCAGAUUCCACUUCCAUGACCUCGAUCCCAACAACCCGUACGGCUAUGUCCAGCCGCCUCCUUUCCGCCACAACUGGGACACCCCCAACCGCGCCAGAGCGGUGCGCUCGAUGAACCCCGUCGGCGCCCAUCGCGCCGGCUACACUGGCCCGCCUAUCGGCUCGCGCCCCCGGCCCGUUCCGCCCACUGCUGAGCCCGCGGCAAUCACAGCGGCCAGCCACCCCUACUUUCCGAUGAUGAGCCCGUACGAGGCGGAGUCAUCAUUGAGGAUGCAAACAACAGACGAAGCAGCCUUCCCAAGCGGCGCCCCGUCCCGCCCCGCUCCCGCCAGCGUCGCCGGCCAGAAGUACUGGAAAGCGCCAGCGCCGGGCGUGGGGGCGGGAUCGUGGACCGUCCGACCCCCGGGCGGCUCGUUCCUGCUGCUCGACGACCCCGCCGAUCCGGUCUCGGCCGCGACGGCGGCGGCGUUGGCGGCUGCCACGCGGGUGCGGGACGCCGCGCUCUUUGGGCAGUACCGCGGGGACGGAAGAGGAGGGGAGGACGGUGGGGAGUGGGAGGAUGGAAUGGGGGGGUGGAUUUAG